AUGGCUAAAGCAGUGCAGGCUGGGCCAAAUGUCAAAUUGAUUCAGCCACGCCUAAGCCACUCGACGGAGGUGCUUGCGAACGAGUUCAGAAUUUUCGAAGAGGAUAACUUUAAGUCUAAUGAGAAGAAGGCAGAGCAAAUCGGUAGUGCAGGCGAUGCAAUCCGAGAGUUGCAAAAGCAGAUCGGAAAGCAAGAACUUCAUGGUUCUACCAUGGAGGAUGGUUUGGAAGUCAUAAAGCAAGAAGUCAACAGCUGUGCGAAGGAGGCUGGUUUGAAGAAACUCGAACGUCGAAUCAUGGACAUGCAAGAAGAGAGUGCAAGGCUUCAGGAAUUUGUCCACGAGAAGUUCUUUCAAAUCCAGGAUCAAGAAAGGAGAGAAAUGAUGGCCGCAUUUGCAGCUCGAUGGGAUCCGUACAACAGAACCAGAUUGCUUCGCAAAACCAUGGAUGGCUGGGUGGAGUUUCUUCGACGCCAGAACAAAUCACGGGAGGCUCUUGCUAGAGUGAAGCAAAUCUAUGCAAAAACACAUGUCACCGCCAGAUUGAGAUCGUGGUGGUACUUGAUGCAGCGAGAUCACACGGACACUCAAUUCAAGCGGCUCUCGGAGAAUUUGGAAACGGCAGAGGCGAAACUGGAAGGCACACGUGGUGCUGUGAUUCGACAUGAGAAAGCUACAGCAGAGCAGGCUCGCAACCUGCAAUAUCGUUUGCUUGCUGUUGAGAAAGGUCUUGAAACCGCAGAGAAGGAGAAGGCCACCAAGCACGAAGUCCAGGAAAGCCUGGACGAGAUUGACCGGCGACUGUCAGAGGAACUUUCUCUGGACCCAGUCAGAAGGGACCUUGCAGAGAUGAAGCUGCAUCUCAAGAAACUGCAGGAAGACAAAUUGGACGCUGCUGUUGCAGACGCUGACCGGGAGAAGGUGCACGACUUCUGCGCGGAUUUUCGAAGCUGGCUUCAUCGGCACGAUGAAUCCUUGAAGCGAAAGGCUGAAAUCUCCGAAAAUGACACCAAAGCGGACGCUCGAACUAUAGAGCAGGUCUUGGUCUUGUUGGCAAAGCAAGCUGAUCAGCUGGCGAGCAUGGUGGCAUAUGACUUUGAGCAGCUUCGGCAAGCGCUGACCAGGUUUUUGGAGAUUUCACCGGACUUCCGCAAGGCAUCCUUGGGUGUGGGAUUUGAACCUCACGAGCAGUGCGUUGCUUGCCGAGCGUUGCCGCGAAAAUGUGUCAGUGAUGGAGCCACAGGUGCAGAUGGAGCCGUGUACAAGCUUACGAUGGAGACGACCAUCUCAGCUGUAGAAGAGACCCAGAAGGUGCUGACAGAUAGGCUCAAAUAUCCUUUGAGCCUCGCAAGCAAUUCCUUCGUGGGAUGCACGAGUCCACCCAGCAAUCUGCCACAAGACACCGAUGCCGUUUCUGAUGUGCAACCGCUACCACUACUCCGUCAGAUGGCGCUGGCAGAAGCGGGUUGGCUCGCUGGAAAGGACUCAAUGCUGAGAGAAUUUCAACUGUCAUGCUGUGGUGACUGA